AGAAAAGGACUUUUUAACACAUGAACAUAAAACAUGUACAAAAUGUACUAUUUCAAGGAAAGGGGCAAUAUACAUAAAUUAGGGUUUUCCUUUAUGGAUUGAUUAUACCUUCCUCAUCAUAAAAUUGAUGUCGGUACACUCCUAAAUUCAUCAUACGCAUGCGUCUCUUUGCAAUCAAUCGGUUUACACCAAGUAAAGAAACAAUAAUUCCCGUGAUUGAUUUUUCUAGGGUUUGUCAGAUUUGGUGCAAAUUGGACCUUUUUCGCAGGGUAAAUUGAAGUAUUGUUUGUAAGAUUCUUCGACUACGAGGACGAUGAUGAUAAGGAUUUAUUAUUUCAUCGAUCGUCGUUGAUCGUUGAUUCCGAAAGGUGGGUUUGGGGUUUUGUAUGGAAACUCGUAGCCGGAAGAGGGCGGAGGCCACCUCAUCAGCCCCUUCUUCUUCAUCGUCCGGCGGUCCUGCCACUCGUUCCAACAAACGCACUCGUCUCUCUUCCACUACAUCCCCCGCCGCCGCUGCUACACCUUCCAACGUCGUUGCGCAAUCCGUUUGUACUCGCUCACGCGCUUCUAACAUGGAUACUAACAUUAAUGAACCGUCAGGCUCUGGGUCAGCCCGCGGCCGUCGUAGUGGAAAGAACAUAAAUAAUCCGAAUGCGGGACUGGAUAAGGAUAAUUUGGAUAAAGGCAAAGAGAAAGAGAAUGAAAUUAGGGUUAGGGAUAGAGAUAGAGAUAACAACAGAGACAACAUUUUAGGAUUUAAUAAAGACCGCGGGGGAGUUGAUGAUGAAGAUGACGACGACGAUGACAAUGACAAUGACAGUGAUGGUGGCGGCGUGGGGAUUUUACAUCAGAAUUUGACUUCUGCUAGUAGUGCACUUCAAGGCUUAUUGAGGAAACUGGGUGCAGGGUUAGAUGAUCUGCUUCCGUCAUCAGCAAUGGCAUCCGCUUCAUCAUCUCACCAGAGUGGACGACUAAAGAAAAUUCUUUCAGGCUUGCGUGCUGAUGGGGAAGAAGGAAAGCAAGUUGAGGCUCUGACACAGUUAUGUGACAUGCUUUCUAUUGGCACUGAGGAUUCUCUAAGCACUUUCUCCGUGGAUUCUUUUGUGCCUGUUCUUGUUGGGUUGCUUAACCAUGAAAGCAAUCCCGAUAUCAUGUUGCUUGCAGCUAGGGCACUCACACAUCUAUGUGAUGUGCUACCUUCUUCAUGCCCAGCAGUUGUGCAUUAUGGUGCUGUUUCUUGCUUUGUUGCUAGAUUGCUUACAAUCGAGUACAUGGACUUGGCUGAACAGUCCUUGCAAGCUCUUAAGAAGAUCUCCCAGGAGCAUCCAACUGCAUGCUUGAGGGCAGGUGCACUAAUGGCAGUACUGUCGUAUCUUGACUUCUUCUCUACAGGAGUCCAGCGAGUAGCACUUUCUACUGCUGCAAAUAUCUGCAAGAAACUUCCAUCUGAUGCAGCUGAUUUUGUCAUGGAAGCCGUUCCUCUAUUGACAAACCUUCUUCAGUAUCAUGAUGCAAAGGUUUUGGAGCAUGCAUCCGUUUGUUUGACUCGAAUUGUAGAAGCAUUUGCAGCAUCUCCUGAUAAACUAGAUGAGCUAUGCAACCAUGGAUUAGUUACACAAGCUGCCUCCCUCAUUUCAACCAGUAGUUCUGGAGGUGGACAGGCAUCUCUCAGUCCAUCUACAUAUACGGGAUUAAUUCGAUUGUUAUCCGCAUGUGCAAGUGGGUCUCCUUUAGGAUCAAAAACAUUGCUGCUUCUUGGGAUUAGUGGCAUUCUUAAAGAUAUAUUAUCAGGCUCUGGUCAUGCUGCAAGCAUGUAUGUAUCCCCUGCUUUGAGUAGGCCACCAGAACAGAUAUUUGAGAUUGUGAAUUUGACAAAUGAGCUUCUUCCUCCAUUGCCUCAAGGAACCAUAUCUCUUCCUUCUAGCUCUACCUUAUUUGUCAAAGGGUCUCUUAUAAGAAAGUCACCUGGAAAGCAAGAAGAAACAAGUGGUGGUGCACCAGAAAAAGAGAAGUUAUUGACUGAUCAACCUGGCCUUUUGCUGCAAUUUGGAAUGGACCUUCUUCCUGUUCUCAUUCAGAUAUAUGGGUCAAGUGUGAAUACACCUGUGCGUCAUAAAUGUCUAUCAGUUAUUGGGAAACUGAUGUACUUCAGCACAUCAGAUAUGAUCCAAUCUCUACUUGGUGUUACAAAUAUAUCAAGUUUCCUAGCAGGAGUUUUGGCAUGGAAAGAUCCACAAGCUCUAUUGCCAUCACUUCAAAUUGCAGAAAUCCUAAUGGAAAAGCUUCCGGAAACUUUCUCCAAACUUUUUGUGAGAGAAGGUGUAGUUCAUGCUAUAGACACACUCAUUUUAUCUGGUCCAUCCACCAAUCCUCUUUCCCAAUCAUCAUCAAAUAAUAAUACCGAUUCUACCCCCGGAUCAUCACGUUCAAGACGCUAUCGCCGCCGCCUUGGACCACCCAAUGUGGACCCCGAAGAUCCCAAAACCGAGGGCUCACCUCCAAGUUCCCUAGAGGCUCCCACACUCAAUUCCAAUCUCCGGGUGUCAGUAAGUACAAGUGCAAAAGCUUUCAAAGAUAAAUUCUUCCCUUCAAUCCCUGGAGCUCCUGAAGCUGGGAUUACAGAUGAUCUUCUACAUUUAAAGAAUCUUUGCUCAAAGUUGGUUGCUUUAUCUGACGACCAUAAGUCAAAGUCAAAAGGGAAGUCAAAAGCUUCCACAUCACCCCGGUUUCUUGAUUUUUCACCCACUAAGGAAGAUAAUUUGUUAAGAGUGGUAACCUUUAUGCUCUCAGAGUUAACCAAAAGAGACAGUGUUUCUACAUUUGAGUUCAUAGGAAGUGGUGUUGUGGAUGCUUUACUUAACUACUUAACUUGUGGAAGCUUCUCAAAAGAAAGGGUGUCAGUGUCAGAAGCGAAUCUCCCAAAGUUACGUCAACUAGCUAUCAAAAGAUACAAAUCUUUUAUAUCAAUCGCGUUUUCAAGUGUCUACAAUGAAUCGAAUUUAGUUCCUAUGAGUGUUUUAGUUCAAAAGCUUCAAAAUGCAUUGACUUCGUUAGAAAGGUUUCCUGUAGUGUUGACUCACAAUUCUCGAUCCUCUACAAGUGCGCGUCUGUCAUCUGGUUUAUCCGCUUCAUCUUGUCCGUUCAAACUUCGGCUUGUAAGAUCACAUGGUGAAAAAUCACUUCGUGAUUAUUCCUCAAAUGUUCUUCUCAUUGACCCUUUAGCAAGUUUGGCUGCUGUUGAAGACUUUCUUUGGCCUAGGGUGCAACGUAGUGAAUCUAGCCAUAAUAAGCCUUGUACUUCUGUUGGGAACUCGGAGUCUGGAAACACGGCGGCAGGUGGCGGCAGCGGUUCGUCGCCUUCUUCUUCUACUCCUGCUUCGGGUACACGGCGUCAGUCAACAAGGUCCAGGUCAGCGAUUAGUAUAGGGAAUUCAGGUGAAAAGGAUACCCCACAUGAGAAAAAUGCAAGUUCUUCAAAGGGAAAGGGGAAGGCUGUGUUGAAGGCAAGUCAAGAUGAGGGGAGAGGAGGACCACAUACAAGAAAUGCUUCUAGAAGAAGGGCUGCUUCUGAUAAAGACACUUUGAUGAAGUCUGUGGAUGAUGAAUCUUCUUCUGAGGAUGAGGAUGUAGAUAUAUCACCUGUUGAUAUUGAUGAUGCAUUGGUGAUUGAAGAUGAUGAAAUAUCAGAAGAUGACGAUGAUGAUGAUGUGCUAAGGGACGAUUCACUUCCAGCUUGCAUGCCAGAUGUCCACGAUGUCAAACUAACCGACAACACCACCCUCGCGGGUCCCACAACCAGCGACAGCCACACAAACCCCGCACGCGGUUCCACGAGCCGAUCAACCCCAGCUCGCGGCUCAGACUCAACCGACUUCCGUGGUCCGACUUCAUUCAGCUCAAGGGGAUCAAUGUCAUUCGCAGCAGCCGCCAUGGCCGGGCUCGCGUCCGCCAACGCUAGGGCGGUUAGGGGCGGCAGCGGUGGUGGUAGAGACCACAACACCCCCCGGUUAAGCUUCUCCUCAAAUGGUAAACAACUCAACCGACAUUUAACAAUCUAUCAAGCCAUUCAACAACAGCUUGUGUUAGAUGAAGGCGACAAUGACCAAUACAACACCGAUGGAAGCAAACUAUGGAACGAUAUCUACACAAUCACCUACCAAAAAGCCGAUAUAAACUCACAAAAAACAACAAAUUCAACAAAACCGGGGUCCACAUGUCAAAUGUCUCUCUUAGAUAGCAUCCUCCAAGGCGAACUCCCUUGCGACAUGGAAAAAGAAAACCCCACUUACAAUAUUCUGUCUCUGCUUCGCGUAUUAGAAGGUUUAAAUCAGCUAGCACCGCGUUUACGUAUCGAAACAAUAAUCGAUCAAUUCUCGGAAGGAAAAAUUUCAAGCAUAAACGACAUAAUUACCCCUGGUGUUCGAGUUUCAUCUGACGAGUUUGUGAACUCUAAAUUAACCCCGAAAUUAUCCAGACAAGUUCAAGAUGUGCUCGCUCUUUGCAGUGGUAGUCUUCCUUCAUGGUGUUAUCAGUUGACCAAAGCAUGUCCUUUCUUGUUUCCAUUUGAAACACGAAGACAGUAUUUUUAUUCCACUGCUUUCGGGUUGUCGCGGGCCCUACAUCGGCUCCAGCAACAGGGGGCAGACGGGCACGGGUCGACCACCGAGCGGGAGUUACGGGUCAGGCGAUUGUCGCGCCAGAAAGUGCGGGUUUCCCGGAAUAGAAUAUUGGAAUCUGCUGCGAAAGUAAUGGAAAUGUAUUCGAGCCAAAAGGCUGUUUUGGAAGUGGAGUAUUUUGGUGAGGUUGGGACUGGGUUGGGUCCCACUUUGGAGUUUUAUACGCUUUUGAGUCAUGAUUUGCAAAGAACGGGGUUGAAGAUGUGGAGAUGUAAUAACUCGGGUGACGGGAGUAUGGCAAUGGAAGUUGAAGUUGAAGAGAAGAAAGAUGAUUUGGGCGAUAUUGUAAUUUCACCUCUUGGGUUGUUCCCACGCCCUUGGGUUGAAUCUUCUUGUGAUGGUAAAGUGAUUGAGCAUUUCUGGCUUUUUGGUUGUGUAAUGGCGAAAGCUCUUCAAGAUGGGAGGCUUUUGGACAUGCCUCUUUCUACUGCUUUCUACAAGCUUGUUCUUGGACAAGAGCUUGAUUUACAUGAUGUUUCUUCUUUUGAUGCUGAACUUGGGAAGACAUUGCAAGAAUUGCAAGCGAUUGUUUGUCGGAAAAAAUACCUGGAGUCAACACCUAGGCAUGAUUGCAAUGCAAUACUUGACUUAAAUUUCCGAGGUGCUCCUGUUGAAGAUCUUUGUUUGGACUUCACACUUCCUGGAUUUCCUGAUUACAUUUUGAGACCUGGCAAUGAAGAUGUCAGCAUAGACAAUUUGGAAGAGUACAUUUCCCUUGUAGUUGCUGCUACUGUCAAGACAGGUAUCACAAGACAAAUGGAAGCAUUCAGAGCUGGUUUCAAUCAGGUCUUUGACAUUACGGCUUUGCAAAUAUUCACCCCAAAUGAAUUAGAUCAUUUACUUUGUGGCCAACGAGAGUUGUGGGAGGCUGACAAACUUGUGGACCACAUAAAAUUCGAUCACGGAUAUACUUCCAAGAGCCCUGCAAUAGUCAACUUGCUUGAGAUAAUGGGAGAGUUCACUCCCGAACAGCAAAGGGCAUUUUGUCAAUUUGUCACUGGUGCACCUCGGCUUCCUCCCGGUGGUUUUGCAAUUUUGAAUCCUAAGUUGACCAUUGUGAGAAAGCACUCUUCAACAAGCAGUAAUGUGACAUCGAGUGCGGGUGGCGCGUCGGAAUCUGCAGAUGAUGACUUGCCAAGUGUCAUGACAUGUGCUAAUUACUUGAAGCUUCCUGCUUAUUCCACCAAGGAAAUUAUGUACAAGCAACUGGUGUAUGCUAUCACUUUUGGAAUUUGGAAUCAUUUCUUAACUGCAAUAAAAGUUUCUCCAGGCGCCCUCCCGGACUCUCAAUCUCAAGUUAUAUGUGGAUGUGGUGAUUUGAUCCGAUGGUUUGUUUGGUUUCUACAGAAUUUGUUUUGUAAAUAGCAACUAGCAAAACAUCGUAUUAUUUGUCUCUCUUAUAAGUCUUAUAUCUCUAAUCGCUACUUCUGUUUACAUGGUUCCUUACGCCAUAUUAAGUUUUACCUUUUGCCAUACUUUUGGAAAAAAAAAAAAAAAAAAAAA